AGUUAAUCUGCCACAAACAGUUUGUCACGUUACAUUAUAAUUUAUGGUGCUUAAAAUAAAAUGCGGACUGGGGAAUUGGGUAAGGUGAUACUUUGACGUACGACCCAAGUUUGAUUUCCAAUUUUAGCUAAGAAACGCCAUUAAUUUUUCCUACUCCCAUGGCACGCAAACUGAACUUGUGGGGUCCGCGUUUUUCGGCGCUUAUCAUUCUGACUAUGCCUUAUCAGUACUUGAAAAUUCUUCCAGACCAGCUAUCAUGCCUAAUUGCCGAAAUGACUAGGCCCCAAACAGAUCGCGCCACCUCCACGAUACUGGAACCCCAAGCAUUUGUUUGACGCCAUUUCAUUCUUUAUUGAGGCGGCCAAUUAAGAAGACAGCGUUGUUGAUUUGAUUGCGAGGCGAAUAUGAAUGCGACUGGAAUUCCUGCAUGAGUUAUAAAUAAAGCUGGUUCCCGAAAAGUUGCCAGAUGUAAAGAGCGGCUCUCAGUCGAUAGGAACUCCAAAAACUGGAGGCUUUUUAAUCUUGGCACAAAUUAACGAUUGUAUUGCACAAGAGGCCUAUCAAAACAAAAACAAAGUCAAAACUGGACGCACAACGUAUAGCAACAUCUACAGCGACAACAGUCUGGCAACGAAGCGUAUACGUAAUGCCAAGCAAAGUUCCAUUCAUUUAACGCUCUCGGCUCGUUUCAGUUCUCGGGCAGGUGUCAAGCGACAUACACACGAAACGCCGACGCGGUCACAAUUCCAGAAUAUCAUAUACAUGCUAUAUAUGCUCAAGUGGCUAAUUAACAUACGCGUUGCGACCCGUCUCUUUACCUGAACCUGAGCUGUCUGGACUAUACUCUUUCACAUUUCUUUACGGGGAAACGAGUACAAAGUCACAACAAAUUUUCAAGACGCAUACUUUCGGUAUAUAUACAUCUGUAUCCAAAAACCGAUCGCCAUGCUGGAUCCCAUUUCGGACGCACCGCUGGUCUUGGCCUACGUCUUUAUGUCGCUACUGGUGCUCAUUGUGUGCUUCAUACUGGUCAAUGUGGUCCACAAGCUGCAUCGCAGUCUCAACGGCGAGGUAUCAUCGGGUCUGGUUUCCCCGGCACAGCAGCUGAAGACCUCCAUUAUGGAGCUAGACGCCAUGAAAACCGGUUAGGAUGGGUGCAGCGCAGCUGGCUACGAGAGGCGCGAGAAUCUUAAAUCUCAUUCCGAAGUCGGAGCUCCGGUUUUAAUUCGGCGAUUGGAGCGAUGUACGAGGAACGACAACUGCUAGCCACCGUCACGCACGAACCACAAAACCUAGACGCCUCUUGAUAUAUUAACAUAAAACAAUUAGACGUAAAUACACGAAACUAGGCUUACGAGUAGAAAUUAACUACAUUAAACGCGCUGGUCCUCUAGUCAAUUAAUUGUUCGUUUCGCCCUAAUGUUAGGUUACAUGUACAUUGAUAUUGUAAAUAAAAUAAUGUAAACGAUAA